AUGUCUGAUCACCUCACAAGCCCACGUCGCGCACAAAAACCACGAUAUCGCCCAGCCAUCCAAGUGUCUGCAGAAAUCCGAAAUCACUGUCAUAUAUAUCUCGACGAGCAGCUCUAUAUCAGUGCUCUUACUCUCCUCACGGAUCUUGUUACCUCGGGGGCCUCUCAUCCAAAGCACCUCGCAACUCCAGCUUUCGCACCUGUACCAUUUCAUAUAGAAAUUGUCAGCGCGCUCCUGGUCCACCCACGACACACUACCCAGGCACCUCGAAAUGAACGCGCUGAGCUAGCUUCGCGAUCCAUAGCUUUCCUCCGAAGUCUCCUUGCAACUCUCGGCCCGCUGAAUGGAAAUCUUGGUGAGGCCUUCUCCCUUACCCCUCCCCGGAUACGAGGCUCGCGGCGAAGUCGAAAUGGCGGGGACGAAGGAAGUAGCGAAUCUGAUGGUGAGGGUGAAGAACAUAUGGGAGGGGUAGUGGCAAAUAAAGGCAGGAUAAGGAGAAGUGCGAAAGACUUCUGGCACAUUGUCGGAUGGGCUUUCAACUGCAGCGUGGUCCAUCAGAAGAGGUGGAAAUACUGGAAGGUGUGGUUGGAAUACAUGUUAGAUGUCUUGGAUGCCGAUUGGAAGGAACGGGAAGAGAAGGACAGAGAGGAGUCUUUCAAGGCAACGGGGUUAGAGGAGGAUUCAGAAGCCGAAUGCCAGUUCGAAAUGUUACGCAAUUCUCUACUGGUCAAAUAUCUCUCAGAUGUUAAGGGAAGAUCAAGCGCAGCAAAACGUGUCGUCGGAGCUGCUUUUACUGACGGUGGACCGGAAGAUCUAAGAUCGUAUCCAGAAGUCUUCCCGAACGAGACCAAGGAAGUCCAGACACAAAGUGGACAGAAGAGGAAGAGGGGAGAUGAUGAUCUCAAAGAAUCUAGCGACUACGACCAUGGAGAUGAAGCUGCGUUCGAGUCUUCACAACCAACGGAUGAGACCCCGGAGUCCUCUCAAAAUACCACUGACGGAGUAGAGACUCCGGAUCCGUGGAUGGGGGGUCCAGAAUCGAUCCUUCUCCGCCAGCGUGUCCUAACUCUGCUCUCGCGUGUGGCCGCGCUCCUCCCCGAUUGCUUCAUCGACUGCAGGGAGCUGUAUGAGAUAUACUGCCUCAACAUGAAGAUGCUCCCCUUACCAGCAUUUUCUCUGCUCGUCUCCCCCUCAAAUUCAUCACAUUUCCCCCUUGAGGUCUUCGUAUCUCUUACACAGCUCCUCCUCGUCCGUCUCAUACCGAAUACAGCGCCACGCCCUCGGUCAGUCUCGAAUCGAGAUACCGAUGACUUGACCCAGGAGAUACUUGAGAAAUGCUUCCUUCCGUAUACCGCCAGCACCUCGUCGAUUGCUGAUAACGCAAAGGUUUCUAUACUGGUAGAGAACUUAUUCAGGGUCUUCUUGAAAUCCUGCCCAGCUUAUUAUACGCCAGACCUGGCUGCUGCUAUCGAGAAGGGGAUCCGUGCACGUGAAGCGAAGAUGAAGAGUGACAAGCGGAGAAAGGAGAAUGGCAUGCUCAAGAAGGAGGAAGAGAGUGAUGCGGUAUGGCUCAAAGCUAGUGGGCACCGUCUCAGGAGACUCUUGGAAUGGGUAGAGCAGAAAACCCUGGAUGACAGUGUUCAAUGA